UCUUAAAUGAAAUAAAAACUGCCAACAAUUCUAUCUUAAAAAAUACAAAUAAUGUUAAUUAAAAUGUAAUAACGAGCUGUACAAAAUUACAUUCGAAAGGAAUCCUAAAACGUGCAAAUUUUGUAUAAUAAUUUAAAAUGGCAUUAUAUCGUGUUAAUAUGAACGCAACAUCAAUGAUUUAUAAUUGUUAUAAGUUCUGUGUUAAUGUAACAAAAUUAGAUUUAUCAAAAAUACAAACGACAGUAAAAAAUGAACAAUUUUCAUUGAGAUUCGUGUCUCCGUAUUCAACAGGGAGAAAAAUAAAUUUACAAAAUUAUAUAAACAAGAGAAAACACGAAGCGUCUAGAAGUAUAAUAGUUCAAGUAGCAACAUUUAAAUCAUGCAAGGAACUUUUACUUUUCUGCUCUAAUUUUGGUCCUAUAGAGAAAGCGUAUUUUUAUACAUUACCAAAACAACAUCAAUUCGUCCUAAUUGAAUUUAGAAAUAAAAACUCUCUUGAUAAUAUCUACGCUAAUACAGCAUUCAUGGAUGAAAGUAAUUAUGUUCCCUGUAGAACAAACGUAUUAUGGUUUCGUAAAACAAAACAAGAGAAAACAAACCAAAAAUAUUACUUUGGAUUACCAAAAAUAAAUGUCUGUAGUCCUUUAAUAGUACAAGAGAAUAGUAUUAAAGAUGCACUUAUAUCUUCAUUAUCGAUAUCCAAUCAAAUGACAAAUUUAUAUCAAAAAUACAAAUUAGAUGAAUUAGAGAUAAGAUUAAAAUUUCAAACUAUUGUUCAAUUAGAAAAAUGUUUCCAAGGUUUCUUUCCAAACAUAACUAUACAUCCAUUUGGUUCUUUUGUAAAUGGUUAUGGAAAGAAACUAUCUGAUCUUGACUUGAUUCUUUUUACAGAUGUUUGUAAAAAGGACAGUACAUCAAACAGAUUGGUAUAUCAUGGGAAAUCAACUAAUAUUGAUGAAAAGCAACAUACCCAUGCAUUUAUGGGAGUAUUAGCAGAUUCUAUGAAAUAUAUUAUACCUGGUAUAUUUAACGUACGAAAAAUUUUUAAUGCUAGGGUUCCUAUUAUUAAAUUCCAAAAUUUUUUUACUCACACGGAAUGUGAUUUGAGUUUGAGUAAUACAAUUGCCACAUACAUGUCGGAGCUAUUAUUUUUAUAUGGUGAAGAAGAUGAACGAGUGAGACCACUCGUAUUUACAAUUCGAAAAUGGGCAGAAGAUAAUAAAUUGACCUCUAUUCAUCCAGGGAAAACAAUUACAAAUUUUUCAUUGACUCUAUUAGUAAUAUUUUAUUUACAACAAGUUGAUAUAUUACCUGGCAUAAAUUCUAUAACAACUUUUUCAGAAAUAUCAAAUAAUAAUAAAAAUAAUGUCCGCGGUAUAUAUACGAAUUAUUCGCCAAAUUUGUCGAAAUCACAUGUAAAUAAUGAUGCACAUUUAAGUGCUCUUUUAAUAGAUCUCUUUAAAUUUUAUGCUACAUUUGACUUUGGUUCUCAAAAAAUUUGUUUGCGAACAGCUACUGCAAUAAAAUCAAUGCACAAUGCAGCAUUGUAUAUAUGUAAUCCAUUUGAAACAGAAUUAAAUGUUAGUAAAAAUGUUAGUUUUAAUGAAAUACAACGCAUGAAGGCAUUAAUGACAGUAGCAAUUUCCAACCUUCAAAAUACUAAACCUAUAAAGACUAGAAAAUGGGGUAUUUUAUCGAUACUAAACUUCCCCGAAUCACACAAUGUAAGUAUCAAUGUAUUAAAAAUAUUUGAUAAAGAGACAAACACGGAAAAUACUCAAGAUGAUAAAACGAUAACAAAUGUUCAAGAAAAUGAUGUUAGUGAUACAUUAAAUGUAGAAACUAAUGAUGAAAUUGUUACCAAUAAAAAUCUUAUGUAACAGAAAUAAACCAAAUGUAAAUAUUAAUAAUAUUAUCUUAUCAAGAAA